AUGACCAUAGUUUCAAAUGAUUCCUCUUGGUGGCCGGUCAUUGAUGCAUAUCGUUUUUCUAGCUAUUUUACGCUUGCUGCCGUUGUUGCAGUGGUGUAUGACUGGGCCCUUACGUUUGGACAAGAGGUCGAAUUGGUCUGGAGGCAACGUUGGUCUCUGAUGACAUUUCUGUAUCUCGGUGUGCGCUACCUUGGAAUCUUAUCUGCUGCCCUAACCGUGCUUAACAGUCUUCCGACCAUCUCGCUGACGGGCACAUCCACUCAUGACCGCCACAGAUGUCGGAUUAUGUACCUCGUUCUGGAUUGGAUCAAUGUUUUGGUAUUUCCGAUGCUGUGGGUCAUCAUCAUCACUCGGUUGUAUGCCAUGUAUCAAGGAUCCAGAAAGAUCCUGAUAUUUCUUAUUGUCACCUUCCUUGCCGACAACAUUUUCAACGUAGUGGUCGUCAUAAUGUCAACGAUGCAUAUUUCAGCGGAGGAAUAUAUUAUCUCCGGCACUUAUAUGUGCCCGAUUAACCUUCCGGAAGAUGUCUCACUUCUGGGUUCCAUUACUUGGAUACUCGGAACUGUAUGGGAGGUCCUCGUACUAUGUCUCGCAGUCUGGAUUGCUGUAAAACACUUCCGUGAACUGCGACGUCAUUCGGCAGGAGAGAUUUUAGGGGACUGUUUCUCGGUGUUGAUCAAAACUCAUACGGUUUACUUUGCGAGCUUCGUCGCUGUUUCUUGCUUCCAGCUCGCUAUUAAUUUAUCUCCAACAAUCUUAGCGGACCUAUACUCGCUAGAAACUCAGGCUCUUGUUAGCUUGCUUCAGAUUUUCACAGCCGUGCAGGCGUAUGUGCUGGGACCACGCCUGAUCCUUGGUGUUCGAGAAUAUCACGCUAAGCUAGUGGCCAACUCUGACGCAGCUUCUGCUAUGACCUCGAUCGCUUUCCAGGAGCGCGUGCAUGUAUCGACUAGCAGUAGUGUGUGA